CUUCGUCACAGCGUUCAUCUUCAGCGACAAGUCACCAUCGUUUGGCCGAUGACGUCGUCUUUUUGCGACCGUUUAUUUACGUCAUGGCAUCGGUGGAUUUCAGAGACAACCUGCUGGGCAUAUCCUGGGUGGACAGCGGCCUGGUGCCCAUCCUCAAUCCUGGAAAUGUACUUGACUACUUCUCAGAAAGAAGUAACCCCUUUUAUGACCGCACUUGUAAUAAUGAGGUGGUUAAAAUGCAGCGGCUUAGCCUGGAUCAUCUCAAUCAGAUGGUGGGAGUGGAAUACAUUCUUCUUCAUGCGCAGGAACCCAUUCUCUACAUCAUCAGGAAGCAACAGAGACAGUCACCUACACAAGUGAUUCCCUUGGCAGACUACUACAUCAUCAUAGGAGUGGUCUAUCAGGCCCCAGAUCUCAGCACGGUCAUCAGCUCCAGAGCGCUUUCUGCUGUUCACGGCAUCCAGUCAGCAUUCGACGAAGCCAUGUCCUAUUGUCGCUACCAUCCCUCCAAAGGUUACUGGUGGCACUUCAAAGAUCAGGAGGAGAGAGAAAAAAACAAGCCAAAGUCCAAGAAGAAAGAGGAGCCAGGUUCACUGUUCCAGAGGCAUCGUGUGGAUACACUGCUUUUGGACCUCAGGUCCAAGUUUCCACCAACCUUCUACCAGCCAAAGCCUGGAGAGAAGCCCAUUCCAGUGGAGGUGAAGAAAGAGCCUGAAGCUCCCACUGAAACAGUCAAACAAGAGGAAAGGGAGCCAGCGGCCAAAUCCUCUGCUGCUGCCACCACCGCAGCCGCAGCACCAGCUAGCAAGCCACCUCCUGAGAAACGAGCACGGCUCCAGUGAUGACUGUUACUCCAGCAACGCCAAGACCAUUUCGGACUUCUUGGCCCGUAUCCCACAAGGAUGAAGAAGUAAUUCCCGGAUGCCUCUCACCCAGGAUUAUUGAAUAAUAAUAUUACUGCAAUAUGAUCCCUGGUGGAAAUGAGCUGGAUAUUGGAUGAUCUUGUUGAUGACAUCAGCAUUUUUGCAUUCAGGGUCUGUUUCAUCCUGCUUGUGUUUUUUUACUCCUACAGAAAUGAUGAUUCAUCAUCAACUCCUGUGUUGGUACACAAGAUUCCUCACUGGCAGCCUUUUGUCCUAUUUUUUUGUCUAAUAAAUAUAUCU